AGAAAAUCCAGAUACUAAUCAACCAACACCUAAAAUGGCUACAAAACUUAUAGUCCUAGGCUGCUUUCUAACGUACGCUUUUGCUAUGGCAGCAGCAUUGUCGGAAGGUGAUCCCCCGGUAGCAAGGAAAUUUGGUGGGGACGAAUGGGCAAGAACGGAGGCUGAAGCACCGGAGAUUUCACAUUCAGAAGAGACUGUACGGCUAGGCCACCACCAUUCUACGGUGGACAGAUCGGUUGCCGGCGGAGGAGUUAUUCUUGGCGGUUUAGCGACUACGUUUCUUGUGGUGGUGCUUUGUUAUCUAAGGGCCACAAGGAAACAUAAAACAAGUUAUAUUGAGGAGACUGAGACUCCUAAGGUUUUAGUUUCAGUUUAAUUUUCUGUCAAUAGUGUUUUUGAUGUAUAUGUUUAAUGUUCGUUUUAUUUUUUUCAUUUAUAUAUAAAAAGAAUUGUGC